UAAAAAUAUAUAUAAAUAGUUAUUAAAAAAAUUCACUUUAGAAAAUGAAAACCAAAACAGAAAUUAUAAAUCCAAAUGAAAAUAUUGAAAUUCCUUCCUGGAUAAAACUUGAUUAUUUUGAAGAUAUUUUAGCAAAAGAUGAACCAGAGGCGAAAGAUGUUAAAAAUUUCAUACCAAUAGCUGCCGUACCGCCAGGAGAAAAUUUCACUUCGAUUAUGUUGCGCAUACAUAUGGAUUUGAUAAUGAAGGAUGAUUCUAUCAAACAUAAAACUUAUAUUUUAAAAACCAUGAUAGACGAUGACAAAGGUGGCGAUAUUGUCAAUAAGUUGAGUUUAUUCCCCAAAGAAAUGGCUAUGUAUCAGAAAUAUUUACCCGCCUUCGAGGAACUUUACAAAACUGUUGGCUGGCAUAUAAAAUUAUCCCCGAAAUGUUUGUUCUCGGAAAAAAAGAAUGGGCGUUACAAUUUUGUUUUCGAAGAUUUAAAGGAAAAUAAUUAUGUAAACAUAGAUCGUUUGAAGGGAUGUGAUAUGAAACAUAUGAAAAGUAUUUUACGUAGAUUAGCCGAGUUGCAUGCGGUUAGUGCAGUUUAUGAGGAAAGAAAUGGUGAAUAUCCAAAUGAUUUUCAAAUUGGUUUUGUUGACUUGGAAGCGGGAGCAGACUAUCAGAAAAGUAUGUUUAAAACCCGAAAGGAAUCCUAUAAAAAAGCCAUGCAACUAUGGGGUCUAAAAGAUGUAGAAAAAUAUCUAAAAGAAUUUCCUUCUUGUGAGCAAUAUUGGAAAUGCUGCUUAAAAACUUUGGACCAAAAAACUAAUAAAUUUAAUGUUUUAAAUCACGGUGAUUUUUGGUCCAGUAAUAUAAUGUUUAAUUAUUUGCCUAAUGGUGAUUUAAAUGAAUUAAUAUUUUUGGAUUAUCAAUUCUGUAAAUGGGGUAGUCCUGUUGAGGAUCUAUUAUUGUUUAUAACAAUUUCCGCUGCCAAAGAUAUAAGAAUUAAGGAAUUUGAUAAUUUUAUUUAUUUGUAUCAUGAACGUUUAGUGGAAUGUUUAAAAGUGUUGGGCUUUAGGAAACCUUUGCCGAAAUUACGUGAUUUACUUAAGGAUAUAUUCGAUGAGAAUAAUUCAUUUCAUGCAUUUUUCGCUUGCAUUAAUCAUUUGCCCAUUUUGAUGUUGCCCAAUGAUAAAGAUAGCAGCAUUCAUAAUUUUUGCAGACCAGAUGAUUUUGGAGAACAAUUCCGCAUGAAAGCCUUGACUAAUCCUAGUUACGUGGAGGCAAUGAAGGAUUUGUACCCUUUCUUUUUCAGACGUGGCCUAUUUAAUUUUUCUGAUUAUGAUUGAAAUUUUGUACUUUUACUAAUUUUUUUUAAAUAAAAAAUAUUUGAAACC